AUGAUCAUGAGUUCGUUUUUGAUGAACCCCGUUUCUGGAACUUUACCGUCGAGUUAUCAACAAGCUCAACAUAUAUCAGCUGGUGUAGUUGUCGAUCCAAAAUUUCCUCCAACAGAAGAAUACAGUCAAAAUAGUUAUAUUCCGUCUCCUACGGAAAAUUUUUUUGGCAACCACCAUUUAAACCAACCACAACACCACCUUCAGUACGGCUACCAUAAUCAUCACCAAGCCACUUCUUACGGAUCAGCUGGAGUUCCCUUAACAAAUUCAGGAUAUGGUUAUGGUAAUUAUUAUCACCAUCAAUUACAUCAUGCACCACCUAUACACUCUCACCAAAUUAGACCGCCCAUUCAGAUACAUGACUCACAACAACCUUUGGUUAAUUGUGCAAAUCUGCCAAACAGUCACCCUCAACCGCCGGUUACUAGUUCCUCGAAUAUACUGCAGAAUUUAGCGGACAUUUCACCUAACGUUUCCCAGCCAAGUGAUGUGAACUCUAGUGUGUGUAGUCCUGCCUCGGUGGGACAUGGACAAGAAUCGAGAGGUUCUCCACCUGGAGGACACUCUCAAGGACAUUCUUUACAAGAAUUAGGACUAAGGUUAGAAGAUAAUGUGUCGGACGAACAGGACGAUGUCGACGACCACGGUAGUUCUACUAAUAAUGACGAGGAUGACGACGACGAUGAAAAUGGAGACAGGCAAAUAUACCCAUGGAUGAAGAAGGUCCAUGUGGCAGGAGCUUCAACUGGAGCUUUCGCACCGGGCAUGGAACCGAAAAGACAACGAACAGCGUACACUCGCCAUCAAAUCUUAGAAUUGGAAAAGGAAUUUCAUUACAACAGAUACUUGACCAGAAGGCGACGUAUAGAAAUAGCACACACUUUAGUGCUUUCAGAGAGACAAAUUAAAAUCUGGUUUCAAAAUCGCAGAAUGAAGUGGAAGAAAGAUAACAAAUUACCCAACACGAAGAACGUUAGGAGAAAAACGAAUCCCGCUGGGGUCACCACCACGACCACAUCAAAUGCCAAGUCUGGGGGUAAAGUUCGAGGGAAAACACAGAACAGCACUCCCGCAAAUAACAAUGAUAAACGGAAAAACAACAACAGAGAAAUGGACGGACUUGGCGAAAAUAUGUUGGACAUGUCUCUGUCUGGCCAUCAGAUCCCUUCUUCGAUGGGAGGACAUUCACACGCUCAUCCCAUGCCUCCCACAACCCUGCACCACGCAGGAAUGUUGCAUGGAGAUCCCAGCAUGCACAUAGGAUCCCUAGGCCCUACGCUCACCCCCCUCUCGUCCUCGCCAGGAUGCGGACCAGUCCAGAGCACGCCUCAACCGGUUAUUAAGUCAGACUACGGACUCACGGCUCUAUAA